CUUUCGAUUGCCAUUUGACAGAGGAACAUCUCAGUGCGAAUCGGAUGUUCAUUUAACUCAGAUCAACGAAAAAAAACCGUUGGUUUGGGAAGCAGUGAGCUCCAUGUUGUAGUUUUCAGUAGCAAAAUGUUCUUCAAUUUAAGCAAGAAAAAGCUCCUGUUGCUAUCAUCCAUAGUCGCCAUUUUGGUAGUUGGGCUUGUGCUUGGUCUCUAUUUCGGUCUCCAAAGUGAUGACUCCGGUGAAAUCGGAUCCCCUAGUGGAUAUCUUUCUGGAGCAGCGGUGGUAUCCAACGGGGAUGAGUGUGCAGCGAUCGGUGCGGACAUACUGAAGAAAGGUGGGUCCGCAGUCGAUGCAGCGAUCACCCUCAUGUUGUGCGAAGAGCUCACGUCUCCUCAAAGCACCGGAAUCGGUGGUGGAUUCCUAGCAACUGUGUACAACAAAAACACGGGGUUGGUUGAGACGAUCGAUGCUCGGGAGAUGGCACCCGCGGCCUCUACGGAAGAUAUGUUCGUAGGAAACGCAGAUGCAGCUGUUUUGGGAGGACUGGCGAUCGCUACCCCGGGCGUUAUAAAAGGUUUCUGGGAACUCCAUGAGCGGUACGGCAACUUACCGUGGAAAGAAUUGUUCGAACCGGUGAUUGAGUUGGCUAGGAACGGAAUUAGUGUGAGCCCAUUCCUGGUGACUGCAUUACAGUCGGAACGAACCAACCUACGUACGAUACCUUCAUUGAGAGAAGUAUUUGUCAAUACGGAAACAGACGACGUGUGGGAAGAAGGCGAUAAUCUGAAGUACACUGCUCUUGGCGAUACUUGGGAGAUAAUUUCAAAUGAAGGGGCGGAUGCCUUAUACUCAGCAAAUGGUACUCUGCUUCCAAAGAUUCUGGCAGAUUUGGAAUCAUUUGGCAGUAUCAUCACAAAGGAGGACUUCUUGAAUUACAAACCUCGUUGGUUAUCACCUGCAUCUACGACGCUCCGCGAUGGAUCGAGUGUAUACAGUAUGCCAUUGCCUGGCAGUGGAACCAUUGCCAUUUAUAUGCUCAACCUAUUCGACGGCUUCGAAAAUCUCGAACCGGAUGAUCCCCUCACAUGGCAUCGAGUGGUGGAGAGUUUCAAACAUGGCUACGGACUGCGCACGCGACUUGGCGAUCCGGAUUAUGUCCCAGAUAUACAAGACCUAGUUCAGAAUUUGACUAGUAAGGAAUAUGCCGCUCUAAUACGGGACAAGAUAGACAGCGAUCGGACCUACACCGAUUACCAAUAUUACGGAGCGGAGUUUUCCGAUCAAGAAGACCACGGAACGGCUCACAUCUCCAUUUUGGCACCCAACGGCGAUGCGGUUGCCAUGACUGGAACAAUCAAUACUUACUUCGGAUGCAAACGUCGUUCCUCUUCCACCGGGAUCAUAUUCAACAACAUUAUGGACGACUUCUCCACCCCUGGCGUGGUGAACUCGUUCGGAGUUCCGGCAUCUCCGGCUAACUACGUGGCACCUGGAAAAAGGCCGCUUUCUUCGAUGACCCCGACCAUCGUGGUUGACGCCGAGGGUGACGUUCGGUUGGUAGUGGGUGGAGCCGGUGGAACACGCAUUACCACCAGUACCGUGCAGAUGGUUCUACAGACCGUAUUUUUCGGCCGGGGACUAGAGGAAGCAAUGAACGCACCAAGACUGCACAAUCAACUGGCACCGAUGACGACCUACGUGGAGCAAGCAUUCGACCAGGCAGUGAUUGAUGGCCUUAGCGAACGAGGCCAUGAGACUAGUUUGACUACGGGAAUCGGUACUAUGACAGCUGUAGCUAGGGAACGCGACAAUACGAUAACGGCUGCGUACGAUCCGAAACGAGGAGGAAGUUGGGAAGUGUUUUAUGUGUGAGCGGGAGCGGGAAUGAGGACAAAAUCUGUUUUCGGUUUCUUUUGUUAACUUCGAAAUCAUUUUUCGAGCCUAGUACCGUUUUGACUCAA